GACCACCCUUCCCCUGGACUGGAGGCGUAAAGGGUAGAAAAGCAGGGGAGAAAAGCACCCUGGGCUGGUGAGGACUGCAGAGUGAGCCCGAGCAGUGCAGGAAGGAGGUGGCAGCUCUCUUGUGGGAAAUCCUGAAGAUGGCCAAGGAUGAUUCCACUGUCCGUUGCUUCCAGGGCCUGCUGAUAUUUGGAAAUGUGAUUGUUGGUAUGUGUGGCAUCGCCCUGACUGCAGAGUGCAUCUUCUUUGUAUCUGACCAACACAGCCUCUACCCAUUGCUGGAAGCCACCAACAAUGAUGACAUCUAUGGGGCCGCCUGGAUCGGCAUGUUUGUGGGCAUCUGCCUCUUCUGCCUGUCUGUCCUAGGCAUUGUGGGCAUCAUGAAGUCCAACAGGAAAAUUCUUCUAGCAUAUUUCAUUCUGAUGUUUAUAGUAUAUGGUUUUGAAGUCGCAUCUUGCAUCACAGCAGCUACACAACGGGACUUUUUCACACCAAACCUCUUCCUGAAGCAGAUGCUGGUGAGGUACCAAAACAAUAGCCCACCGAGCAACGAUGACCAAUGGAAAAACAGUGGAGUCACCAAAACCUGGGACAGACUCAUGCUCCAGGAUCACUGCUGUGGUGUAAAUGGUCCAUCCGACUGGCAGAAAUACACAUCCGCCUUCCGGACUGAGAACAAUGAUGCUGACUAUCCCUGGCCUCGGCAGUGCUGCGUUAUGAACAACCUCAAAGAGCCUCUCAACCUGGAGGCCUGCAAACUAGGAGUGCCUGGUUAUUAUCAUGAUCAGGGCUGCUAUGAACUCAUCUCUGGACCAAUGAACCGACAGGCCUGGGGGGUUGCCUGGUUUGGAUUUGCCAUUCUCUGCUGGACUUUUUGGGUUCUCCUGGCUACCAUGUUCUACUGGAGCAGAACUGAAUAUUGAGCAUAAAGUGUCACCACCAUAUCUCCUUCCUCUUGUGACUCUGGACCUGGUGCUGGAACCUGUUCUCUCCCAACAGUCCACAUUUGAGCUCUAUAGUAACCAGUGCACAUUUUAACUCACAUUGCCAAGUCAGGUGGUAUGGACAGCCUUUAGACUCUCAGGCUCUUGUGAUUCUCAGGACUAGUAUUUUAAAUCUUUGUCUAAGAUUCUGCAACAUUUUUAUGCACUGUAAGACAGAGAGGAUUUGGAAAGUGGGGACUAGCUACUCUCAUCCCUGUUUAUUUUUAAUUUGGGGCAUAAAGAUAUUCAAAGGAACUGUACUGUCAUAGUAAGUUGGGCAUGUCCAGUUUACUGUUGGCCACAAAGGGCUUUCCCACAGUGCUUAACGGCAUAUCUGUUGCGGGUAACUGGGGGCCAAGCCAGGGCAAGAACCUAAUUCCUGAUCCCUGAUCCCAGCUCUGUAUUUGAUUAACAAAUCUGCUGUAUUUCUCCCUAUUUUCUAAAAGAAACCUUCUCCAGUCUUCCAUUUAUCUCAGUAUUGUCUGGAUGAGAGAAGGAAGAAAAAGAUUGCUGAAAUGUCUUUUGCCUUUUGUUCUACUAUGGACUUGUGAGUCUUUGAUGAAACCUUGGGAUCCUUUUAUUUUCCAGAGCAAUCCCUGAUCUUUAGUUAAUGAUGGUUCAAAUUCCCUGUCAUGCCCUUUGGAGUGAUAUGCUUAGUCACCUCAAUUCUCCAUUAAUUAAAAGUAUGUGGACUUUGGGGACAUCAAAGGGAUCUGUUAUAUGUUUACUUAGUCUUUGACCUGCAUGGUUUCAACUUGAAACACCUUUCAAAUAGGUGAGAUGAAGACUGGCUAGUAGAACAAGGUGAUUUAUGGGGAUUUUUGUUUGCUGUAAAAAUAUUUCUCUUCUGAACUGUUUCAUUUGCGGUCCUGGAGGAAGUUCUUCUAACUCAACCUUUGUUUGCUUGAUCUUAUAAAUAAAGAGGGCUUU